AUGCAACAAGUCCAUGAGGAUGAUAGUAAGGCUUCUUCUCCUGAGGCCAGUCAUGAAGGAAAUGAAACUAAUUCGGAAGAUGGCGGAGAGAAUGCCUUGCUACUCGAGCAUAUGAAUAAUGAGAGUUCAUCUUCUUGCACCUCUUUAGAAGCGUAUGAUCAAGAAGAAGAUGAUGAUCAUGGGCUUGCCGACGAUGAAAUGGAAGAAAAUUCUGCCUCUUUGCAAAAUAUUACUCCAAAUAGGGUUCAGAAUAAUAUUAAGGAGAACAAUGGCUCACAAGAAAGCACUCAUGAGGAGUGCAAAUUCCCAAACAAUCCCCAUCAAACAAUUGAAGACGCUUCCAAUGCAGGUGGCAAGCAAGAUUCCGAUGUUGCCCAAGCAUCUAUUACCGAGAAAUUGUUGCAUCAAUUCUAUCUUGAGACCAUCAAUGAGAUGAAUAUUUUCGAUCCCUUCGCAAAUGAUCUGGUCUACGAAACAACCAUGAGCCCGAAUCAACAUAAAGCUUCAAAACUUGUACAGGUUGAUAUAGCCUCACAUACAAACCAUACACCUUGCGAGGACCUCAAUGAAAAUGCUAUCAACAGCAAACAGCAACUACUUUCAAUUAAGAGAGAAUUGGAGCAUGAAAUAUCUCUUAUUGAAUCUCAACUUUUUGAUUUGAAUGAAACAGAAGCAUUUCUGACAUCUGCCCUUAAUCGUUUAACCGCCGAAAACAGAAUUAAUAAUGCCCUAAAAGAUCUUGAAACCAAUAAUUUGGAGGAUCUGACAGAAUUGUCGAAAAUUGUUGAAAUUGAGGUGGAAAAAAAAGAAGCGUCCGAGCAAAACAAGAUAAUCUCAAACCUUCCAGAAAAUGAUGGUGACUAUUCCUUCACAAACUCCUCCAUUGCCUACAACAUUCUUCAAUUACAGCAUCUCAUUGAUACAUCAUCGAAAAAGCUUGAACAAGUUCAAUGUCAUCAUAAUCAACUCAUUCAGAACAAGAGAAGAAGGAUGAUAGAGAAAGCUCAUCUCCGAGAGCUCAAUAAUCAGAGUCUUAAUUACGAGAAAAAAGUCAACUCUGAUACCAAAAAAAUUGAAGACAAGUAUUGCCAUGAUUUGAAGAAGGAACAAGAUGAAAGUUACCAAUUAGAGUCUACAGAGAAAAUGCUUCAAUUCAAACUACAAUUUGUGACAAAUGAAGAUGGCCAACAAUUAAUGGAAACAAUGCAAAAAGUCAUGUCCAUGUUGAAAGGAAGAGAGGAGUUACCUGAUGGAAACUAUAUUAGUGUCUCGAGAGCAAUCAACUAUUAUUCUCAACUCAAAGAGGCAGCCGAGAAAAAUGUCUUCACUGUUGAAUAUUUUAAAAAGUUUCUGAGAGAGCACAAGGAAUUUGGAGUAUUUGCUUGCAAUUUCGAAGACUAUUAUUCUCCAAGCUCCAAGACAAUGUCUGCUGGGCCUUGCACAAUCAUGCCCAACAGUACAAAUACAGCAGGUAUCCGACAAGACAACAAUGGUGACAGUAUUUCCUCCGAAGUCUUAGAAAAGCCCUCCACCAAGUACAUCUUGGAUCCCACAGAGAUUCUCUAUAAUACUAGAGAGGAAAUGCCAAAGUUUGAUGGAGAUGCAGAAAGUAAAACUCCCCUCAACAAGAGGAGUAGUGGAAGCAAUAUGGAAAGUCAGUCAAGGGUCAAUGGUGGCACCAGAGUGAACAGAUCACUCUCUCUUAGUAAGAGUUCAAUCGCAGUGCCUUCAACUCCCACAGCACAAAAUGUUUCCUCUCAAAGUAUUAGCAGCAUGACGAAUGCUCCUUCUUUCCAAUCUACAACUAGCUCAACAAAAGGAUAUGUCCAUGAUGUAAUACGGAGAAGUAUGAAUGCAUUGUCAAAAGUUCAAGCUUCAAAAAAGUCAAAACAUUAA